AUGGCUGGCAUCGAUAAUCAAUCCGAGGAUGGCGGUACGGGCAUGCGAAGACGGCACUCCUCGCAAUACGACGAAGACGGAGUAACAACCGAAGGGCAGGAUAGCGGGUCGGUUUCGCCCUACACUGUCGACGAUGGCAGACGAAUACCGGCAGGCAACCAUGACGAGAGUACGGCAUCCACUUCGACAAGCGUAGAUGCAGCUACGACGUUCUCGCCCCAACCUGGCUCCAAUGGUGGCCAACUGCCGCGCGUCAGGUUCUCUACGGACGUCGAGAGAAUCCCAGCUUCCAGUACCGGCACAGACAAUCUAGGUCUAGAUGGCUCAGACGAAAGGGCGGCACCUGGUCGUGGAUCUCUCUCCCAGAGACGAGCAAGCCCACCGGGUCUCUCUAUAGACACAAGCGGAAGCAGUGCGACUGCAGGAUCGUCAAGCCUUCCCGGACAGGGCCCGGUGCUGUCACCUUUAAGCCCCAGGUCCCUCAACACUGCUGGGAACAGAUCGGGAAUGUCGCCCAUGUCGCCUUCGAGCCGGUCUCGAGGGUACUCUCUGCGCAGCUCGCUCUUCCGGAAGCACAUUAGAGACAGCUCGCCAGGGGAUGGGUCGGUCAUUGAACUCCAGGAAGCUGGCUCAUCGAAUAGCUCUGCGCCAUCGCGCCCUGCCUCCAGUAGGGGGCAGUCCAAGAAACACCCAAGCGCAACCGUCACGAUAGCGCCCGCGUUCGAUGACCAUUCAGAUCUAUCCAACCGCUCGGAGAAGAAAACCAGAGGCGUACAGGGCAUAUCUGCGUUACCAAACUAUCACUCCAGGAUACAGAAGCGAGCACGCGGAAGUGGCUUGACGCAGAAGAUCAAAGCAGCAUACCAGCAGGUGCGGAAAACGGUACUCCGCCUCCACGACACACCGCCAAGCAAGGAUGGCAGACACAUCGACUUGGACGCCACCAGAAAGAGUGCCCUUACAGACGAAAGGACGGGCAAAUCGUACAUUGGGAACAGCAUUCGCUCCAGUCGGUACACAGCGUGGAACUUUCUGCCCCGGCAGCUGUUCGCUCAGUUCUCCAAGCUCGCCAACUUCUAUUUCCUUUGCGUAUCUAUUCUGCAGAUGAUACCCGGUCUCAGUACCACAGGAACAUUUACCACCAUUGUCCCUCUCCUGUUCUUCGUAAGCAUAUCGAUGGGGAAGGAAGGAUACGACGACCUUCGGAGGUACAGAUUGGACAAGGAGGAAAACAAUCGGAAUGCCUCCGUCAUGCAAGCUUACCAGCCGACGAAGACUGCUGCAUUGGACGUAGAGCGGUCUCCCUCGACUUCGCUUGGGCCGAUCCAGUGGGCAUCGAAAAAAUGGAGAAACCUCCAAGUUGGAGAUGUGGUGAAGCUGGAGCGCAAUGAAGCUGCACCGGCGGAUUUACUAAUCCUCUACGCUAACGGCGCCAACGGAAUAGCGUAUGUCGAGACAAUGGCUCUAGACGGUGAAACGAACCUCAAGAGCAAGCAGACCACACCCUCUCUGGCGCGGAUCUGCAAGGAUGAGGAGUCUGUCGCCGCUUGUAGAGCACACUUUGUAGUGGAGGACCCUAACUUGGACCUCUACAGUUUUGAGGGCAAGGUAACGGUCGAUGGCGAAACGUCUCCACUCACGAACACGGAGAUCAUCUACCGCGGAAGUGUACUCAGAAACACACCAGAAGCUAUCGGCAUGGUCAUCUACACCGGCGAAGAAUGCAAGAUCCGCAUGAACGCGAACAAGAACCCCCGCAUCAAAGCGCCCAGACUGCAAAGCAUCGUCAACAAGAUUGUCAUUCUCAUCGUCCUCUUCGUGCUCGCUCUCGCCACGUUCAAUACCGUGGCGUACCAGUUCUGGUCACGCAGGGUCGAGGACGAAGCUUGGUAUCUCACCGAGGCUCAGGUCGCAGUCUUCCCAAUCCUGGCGUCGUUCAUCAUCAUGUUUAACACUAUGAUCCCGCUGUCGCUCUACGUCAGCUUGGAAAUUGUCAAGGUUUGCCAGAUGUUCUUGCUCAACGAUAUUGAUAUGUAUGAUCCGGUUUCCGAUACGCCGUUUGAAGCCCGGACUUCGACUAUCAACGAGGAACUGGGCCAAGUCAGCUACAUCUUCUCGGACAAGACGGGCACGCUCACGGACAACUCCAUGAAGUUUCGCAAGAUGAGCGUUGCGGGAACAGCCUGGCUGCACGAUGUUGACCUUAGCAAGCCGAACGAUAGCAAACUACUCCGACAUGACAGGAAGAGGAACAAAGGCAAGAAGCCUGUGAGGAAGAGUCGCCUCUCAGAAUCAUUCACCAUGAAGCCUGCUGGCUAUGACGAGAUGCCAGACCACGAAACGAUCGAGCCGCCAAGUGUCACUACCGGUCCAGAUGCUGAGACGGCAUGGAAAUCAUCAGCAAGACCCGAGAAAUCACAGCCAGAGCUCCGCACCCGGGAGAUGAUCCGCUACAUCCAGCGCAAGCCUUACACACUCUUUGCUCGAAAGGCGCGGCUGUUCCUGCUCUCUAUGGCGCUCUGCCACACGUGUCUCCCUGAAGUUCAAGAGAACGGCGAGAUCGACUUCCAAGCCUCUUCGCCUGACGAACUCGCACUCGUGCGUGCCGCCCAAGAGCUCGGCUAUCUCGUCGUCAACCGCGAGGUCAACACGCUCACUCUUCGCACCUUCCCCAACGGCACAGACGCCGAGCCCCUCAGCGAGGUUUACACGGUCCUGGACGUCAUCGAGUUCUCCAGCAAGCGCAAGCGCAUGUCUGUGCUGGUCCGCUUCCCGGACCAGCGCGUGGCUAUAUUCUGCAAAGGCGCCGACUCCGUGGUCAUGCAACGACUGAAGCUCGCGACGCUGGCGAACCAGAAGGUCAUCGAGAUAGAGGCAAGAGCGAGCAAGAGGAAGAGCUUGGAGGCGCAGGUGGCGAUACGACGCAAGAGCGAGCAAUUUGAGCGGAGGAGCAGUGUGAAUCGGCUGAGUGCAUCCAUUGGCCGACCGAGCAUCGGCGCGCUGGGCCGGUCGAGCUUAACGGGGCAGAGACUGCAGCCUAUCCGGGAUGAACUGGAUGGGUGGCUUCGUGAGAGGGAAAACGACGUGGAUGUUUCUUCGGCGGAGGGCGACAGCGUGUACUACUCGCCUCGGCCCUCCGCUCAGCUGGGGCGGAACUCGCUUGCGGGGUCGAGCGCACGAAGCUCGAUGCAGCUCGACGAGGAAGAGGAUCUGGUAGACGAAGCGUUGGUUGUUGACGAGCCGACGGUAAUCGAGCGGUGCUUUCAGCACAUCAACGACUUCGCGACCGAGGGACUCCGCACGCUGCUGUACGGGUACCGCUUCCUUGACGAACAGGAGUACCAGGGCUGGAAAAAAAUCUACCUAGAAGCCACCACUAGCCUGGUUGACCGGCAAAUCAUGAUCGAGAAGGCGGGCGAGCUGAUCGAACAGGAGCUCGAAUUAGCGGGCGCCACCGCCAUCGAAGACAAGCUGCAGCGAGGCGUCCCGCAAGCGAUCGACAAGCUGAGAAGAGCCAACAUCAAGAUGUGGAUGUUAACAGGCGACAAGCGGGAGACGGCCAUCAACAUCGGCCACUCCUGCCGCCUAAUCAAAGACUACUCCUCCGUCACAGUCCUCGACCACGAGGCGGGCGACGUCGCGCAACACAUCGGCGCCUCCCUCCUCAGCAUCAACACCGGCGAAGUCGCGCACUCCGUCAUCGUGAUAGAUGGCCAGACCCUCGCCAUGAUCGACGCCGACAAAUCGAUCCAGGCGCUCUUCCUCGAGCUCGCCAUCGUCGCCGACGCAGUCGUCUGCUGCCGCGCCUCGCCCAGCCAAAAAGCCAGUCUCGUCAAAGCCAUCCGCAAAAAAGUGAAAAACUCAAUUACUCUCGCGAUUGGGGAUGGCGCAAACGACAUCGCCAUGAUCCAGGAAGCGCACGUGGGGAUCGGCAUUACAGGCAAAGAAGGGCUACAAGCGGCGCGCACCUCGGACUACUCGAUCGCGCAGUUCCGCUUCCUGACGAAGCUGCUGCUCGUGCAUGGAAGAUGGAACUACAUCCGCACGUGCAAGUACACGGUUGGCACGUUCUGGAAGGAAAUGCUAUUCUACCUCACUCAGGCGAUGUACCAGCGCUGGGCGGGCUACACGGGAACAAGUCUGUACGAGCCGUGGAGUCUGAGCAUGUUUAAUACGCUGUUUACCUCGCUGCCUGUCAUCUUCCUUGGUAUCUUCGAGAAGGACCUUGCUGCCGCCACGCUGUUGGCUGUGCCUGAGCUCUACACGAAGGGCCAGCGCAACGCCGGGUUCAACUUCAAGAUCUACCUCGGCUGGAUGUUCACCGCGGCGUCGGAGUCCAUGAUCGUGUUCUUCGUCAUGCUCGGGCUGUAUGGCGGCGCGCUGUUCACGCUGGACAACGGGCUCUUCGCCAUGGGCGCCCUGACAUACUCUGCCGCCGUCAUCAUGAUCAGCGUCAAGCUCCAGGGGCUCGAGAUGCACGACAAAUCCAUCAUGGCGGGCAUCAGCUUCUUCUGCUCCGUCGGCGGGUGGUUCUUGUGGAACAUCAUCCUCAGCGAGACGUACCACAACAACGUCAUCUACAACGUCAACGACGGCUUCGUGGACCGCUUCGGCAGGAACCUGCUCUGGUGGCUCGCACUAGUGCUCAUUCUGAUCAGCUGCGUGGCGUUUGAGAUUGCGGUUGCGAGCGCCAGGGCGGCGUGGUGGACGACGGAUGUGGAUGUUUUUAGGGAGUUGGAGAGGGAUCCCGGGACGAGGAGGAGGUUCGAGGAGGCUGCGAGGUUGGAGUUAGAGGGGAGGAUGGGUGGGGCUGGUGCGCAUGGGGUUGGGAAGCGCAGUGGGGAGGGGAAGAGACUGAGUAAGGAGGAGCAGGAGAAGAGGGAGGGGGAGGUCAGGGAGAUGCUGAGGAGUAGGCUAGGAGAGCCGGAGGAGGGGAAGGGAGGGGAUGGAUUUUUGGAGAGGCCGAAUGUGGAGGCUGGGGAGAUGUGGGAAAGGGGCUUUGGAAGCGUGAGGAACGGGAGUGUGCGGUGA